GGGGUACAAGUUCACGUUUGACAGAUGAUGUCAGCAAUUCAUAUGCAUAAAGGUCAAAAAUAUUUGUCCUUAUUAUCAUUCACUUCAAACAGCUAAUAUUAGUCGGCAUAUUUAUUAAAAACAUUGCAGACGUGCAUCAAGAAGUCGACAAAAUGGCUGAACCAAUUCGUGUUGUAGUUACUGGGGCAGCAGGCCAAAUUGCCUACUCCUUACUUUAUAUGAUCUCUAAAGGAGAUGUAUUUGGACCCAAUCAGCCAAUCAUCCUUCAUUUACUUGAUAUCCCACCAAUGAUGGGAGUUUUGGAGGGAGUUGUCAUGGAACUCAGAGACUGUGCCAUCCCUAUUUUGCAUGGUGUGGUCCCAACGGAUGACCCCGCCGUGGCCUUCAAGGAUGUCUCCGCCGCCUUCUUGGUAGGUGCCAUGCCCAGAAAACAAGGCAUGGAGAGGAAGGACCUGUUGGCAGCCAAUGUUAAGAUCUUCAAGGUCCAAGGCGAAGCUCUGGACAAGUACGCCAAGAAGGAUGUCAAAGUUUUAGUCGUCGGAAACCCGGCAAACACAAAUGCCCUGAUCUGCUCACGAUACGCUCCUUCCAUUCCCAAGGAGAACUUCACCGCUAUGACGAGACUUGAUCAGAACCGUGCCACAGCUGAAAUUGCUAGCAAAGUCAACAAACCCAUUGACCAAGUAAAAAAUGUGAUCAUCUGGGGUAAUCACUCCUCCACACAAUUCCCUGAUGUGUCCUUUGGUACUGUGAAUGGAGUACCAAUUAAAGACCUAGUAAAAGAUGACACCUGGUUGAACAUAAACUUCGUAGAAAUCGUUCAGAAACGUGGUGCUGCUGUUAUUGCUGCUAGAAAAAUGUCAUCAGCCAUGUCUGCCGCUAAAGCAGCCAGCGAUCAUAUGAGAAGUUGGUUCAAUGGAACUCCGGCAGGUGAAUUCGUUUCAAUGGGUGUAAUUAGCGAUGGAAGUUACAACGCACCACAAGACGUAGUUUUCUCUUUCCCAGUCACCAUUUCAAACGGAAAAUGGUCCAUCGUAAAAGACUUGAAAUUAGACGACUUCGCGAAAUGUAUGUUGGAGAAAACCGGAAAGGAAUUGUUAGAAGAGAGAAAAGAGGCUUUAGCUGUAAUAGAAGCAUGACUAUCUAAUAAGUUGUAAAGUCGAAUAUCGCGGAAAAAUAGACUGUUUUAUAUUCAUUGCAUUGGAAGCUGAUUAAUAGUCUAUUAUCAUAAAUGAAAAUUAUUUCCUUUUAUCGUUAAUUGUGUUGUAACGAGAUUGUAUAUAGCUUUUUUCUUUUUAUUUGCUUUUAGUUAUUUUUUUAUUAUUAUUAAUGGUAUAUACCUAUAAAAACUGUACGCAAAUAGUUUAUUUGGUUAUGGAAUUUAUUUUAUGAAUUGGUUUAAAUGUGGUAUUGUAUAUUUGUAGAAAAACACAAUAUAUAUUUGCUAACCAA